AUGGACGCUUUUCACUGACGGUCAAUCAGUCGCACUGUCUCACCGCAUCAUGAGCGAGCUGAAGGACUGCCCCUCGCUGAAAUACUACGACUUCAAGCCUGUGGAGCAUGUGAAGUUGUGCCCCCGGUACACGGCUGUGCUGGGCCGCUCAGAGGACGAUGGCAUCGGCAUAGAGGAGCUGGACACCCUGCAGCUGGAGCUGGAGACACUGCUGUCCUCUGGCAGCCGCCGCCUCCGAGCCCUGGAGGAGCAGAGACAGAUCCUCACAGAUUGGCAAGACAAGAAGGGAGACAAGCGUGUUCUGGGGAAAGACCCAGAUCCUGCAGCCACAUCCCGCCAUAAAACAAAGAAGCAAAAACAGGACAGCAAAGGAGGACCAAGUCCAGGUCCUGGAAGACCCAAGUCUAAACUCAUACAGCCAAAAGUUCAAGAGUAUGAUUUCCCAGAUGAUCCACAAGAUAUUCCCCGCGCUCCUAAAAAUGAUGCUCCCAACAGAUUCUGGGCAUCAGUCGAACCGUACUGUGCUGAUAUCACAAAUGAAGAGAUACGGCUACUUGAAGAGCUUCUGAAACCUCCAGAGGAUGAGGCUGAGUAUUUCAAAAUUCCAGCAUUGGGGAAACACUACUCACAGCGUUGGGCUCAAGAGGACCUGCUGGAGGAGCAGAGGGAAGGAGUACGAGCCAACGACAAGAAGAAGAGCCUCAUGGGAGGACCGCUGUCAGAACUGGAUGCAAAAGAUGUAGACUCACUGCUGAAAAAGUCAGAGUCCCAGCAUGAAUCACCAGAGGACGGGUGUCCCUUUGGUCCUCUCACUCAGCGUCUGCUGCAGGCCCUUGUAGAGGAGAACAUUAUAUCCCCCAUGGAGGAUUCUCCUAUACCAGACAUUUCAGGAAAGGACACUAACGAUGGUGCUGGGACGUCUCCUCGAAGCCAAGGGAAAGCGUUCAGUGUUCCUCACACACGUUCUCUGGAGGCACGAAUCAAAGAGGAGCUGAUGGCUCAGGGGCUGCUGGACUCAGAGGAGAGACCAGGACAAGGAGGGGAGUCGGAGGACGAGAUCCUGGCAGAGCUGCAGAAGAGGCAAGCAGAACUCAAAGCCCUCAGUGCCCACAACAGAUCCAGGAAGCAGGAGCUGCUCCGGUUGGCAAAAGACGAGAUGCGUAAACAGGAGCUAAGACAGAGGGUGAGGGUUGCUGACAACGAGGUGAUGGAGGGCUUCAGGCGGAUCAUGGCAGCCCGGCAAAAGAAGCGCACACCGACCAAGAAGGAGAAAGAUCAAGCCUGGAAAGCUCUGAAGGAGAGGGAGAGCAUCCUGAAAUUAUUAGAUAGCUAGAACAACUUUUUUCUUUUUUUUUAAUGUAAGAAAUCCAA